AAUAAUAAUAAUAACUAUAGUAAAUUCUACAGCAUCCUCUACAUAUAUCCACAUUCAGCAGGACCCCUUGGCCCUUGCUCAUAAGUUCAUCUUUGAAUCACAUACCACCCAUUGCAUUUGAUUCUCAUUCUCUCUUUUAUAUUUUUCAUCUUCUUUAGCUCCAUUGGAAAAAUGUCCGGUGUUUGGGUUUUCAAGAAUGGUGUUGUUCGACUAGUCGAAAAUCCCGGUGAGUGCCAUGCCCGGAAAAUGCUAGUCCACGUCCUGUCUAACGAUGUUAUUACAUCGUAUGCUAUUCUCGAAAGAAAAUUAUCAUCGCUUGGAUGGGAGAGGUACUAUGAUGAUCCUAGCCUUCUUCAGUUCCACAAGAGAUCAACAGUCCAUCUCAUCUCUCUUCCUAAAGAUUUCAACAAAUUUAAGCCCAUGCACAUGUAUAAUAUUGUUGUUAAGAAUCGCAAUGAAUUCGAAGUUAGGGACAUGUAAUGAUGAAUUAAGUGUGUGUUGAAUUGUGUUUCUUUAAUUUGUUCUUGAUAGUGAGUUUGAUUUUAUUGGUCAAGUGUGUGAUAAUUAGUACUAGGUUGUCCGAAAAUAUGAUUUUUGGUGCAAGUUUCUUGUCAUGGCUAGGGUUUGAUUUUUCUGGCUUAUGCAUGUUUGUGUAAUUGGAUAUGGGAUUUUAAGGAUCCUAGAAAAAGAUUCUAAUGUGACAUAGAAUGUUUGUUUGAUAUGAAUUUGAGAUUUUCUA